UUGCCCUGUUAUCGGGUAUCAAAAGAAACAAGACAUUUAAUUUUUUAUAAAGAAAAGAUAUGAUGCACCGACUAGUUCCCUAUACUGGUCACGACAUGAUACUUAUCACAACGAACGUCAACAGAACAAAACAUAUACGCUUCAUCAGAUAGAUUAAUUCUGGUUAGAAUAGCGCAGCCAAAGUCAUUGUAAUUUGACGGUAUUUUGAAAAAUUAAGCAUGCCAAUUUACUGAACUUUUCUUCCCCGUCCCAUCAAGGUAAACGAAAGGAAAAAAUAAUGGAUAGCUAUGCAAUUCAAAAUUUGGCACCAAAAAGAGAUCCAAAAUUACCCAAAAGUGUAACAAACUCACCACUUUUAAUGGCACUGAAGAGGACAACUUCCAGGGCUAACAUUACUCCAAUUAUAGAGGAUUUAGAUGAUUUUGGAACAAAUCACCAGACUGAGGAUGAAAGCGAGGCUAACAGAACGUGCAAUCUUUACCCAAGAACAGCAUUUGAAUUCAAAAUAGGUUCAAAUUUUGGUGACUACAACCUUGGGGCUAUUGUGCGUGUUCGUAAAGAAAAAUUUGUUAUCUUAGACUGUGUGUCUGGAAAGCUCAAAAUGUUCAAGAGAGUCAUGAACAAAAACAAUGAGCUGCAAUUUCGUUGUAUAACAACUUUCAAUCUAUCAGACAACUCUCAUAGUGUCACUGCUGUGAAAGAAAACAUGAUCGCGUUGACGUAUGAAAAGAAGAUUCAGUUUUUCAGAGUUAGAAGAUCCAAAUUAAAAUGCUCUUCUACAAGUAUACGAGCACCAACUAGAUGUUUUGCAAUUACUGGUUCAUCAGCGAAAGUUUUUUUCAUUGCCCAGAUCACAGAUUCAAAAUACGGUUGUAUUAAAUGUUAUGAAAAAAUCAAAGGAACAAUGAAAUCACACUGGAAACUAGACUUCAUCGUUGAACGACCAUUCAAUGAGGAUCUUUCGAUUAACUCCUCAAUGGUUGCUGAUGCAGAAGAAGCUACGGUGUAUUUUACAGAUCCUGUUAGCAAAUUCCUUGCGUCGAUGUCGUUUCGUGGAGAAAUGAUCAGGAUCGUGCGUUUUGAUUGGACACCCAGGGGCCUGGCAGUAGUGGGCGAUUUCCUGAUUGUGGUGAACGAUACAAAUCGUUCUCUCUGUUUGAUGAACAAAAAUGGUCAAUUUUUGAAAACCUUGAUAAGCAACCUUCACGAAAAUCCCUCUCAUCUAUGCUUUAACCCGCUAAACCAGGAACUGUUUGUGUGUGCUCUUCGUUCUCAGAAAAUUCGUGUUUAUUCAGUAGAGGCUUCAAAUGCUGCAAUGGCUAUUAGUGAAUGUUAACUACUGUACAGUUAACGUACAAACAUUUGAUCUACAACAAAUAAUUUAGAUUAGAAGUGCAUCUACUCAGCUGCAAAAAUACACUAAGGUGAAAAUCAUA